AUGCAGAUGCUUGAUCGGUUCCUGGUCCCCGGCCUGCAGCGGGAGAAACGGCAAGGCCAAUUUUUGCGAGCUUGGCAAUGCGAGCUUUGCAAAAAUCAGGGAGCGUAGCAACAGCACAGCAGGUCGAUGAGGAUGCAUCCAUCCCUUGAGGAAUAGAAAGCAAUCGCGGAGGUAAGCAGAAAUGACACUGGUGUGGUGGUCCUCUGCAUCCCAAAGGACAUCAUUUCCCUGUGUUGUUAUCAGUUGCUGCAGCACCUGCCUGUGCUGUUAUCAGUUGUUGGACGAACAGGCGCAAUGUUCCGCUCUGCGGCGGCGCAGGAACGGGAGGCACUGUGAAGCGGGGGGACAGUCAGGCAUCGCACGCCAUGGCGACUUGCAAAGUGAGACCAAAAAGGGACUACCCAACGCCAUCUGACAGAGCGCUUUGACCUGGGUGCGUGGUGUGUGCUGCAUCUUCUGCAGGGCCAGUCGUCAUCUGCGUCUGGGGAAGGAGUCCCUAAGAUUUUCAGCGCCCUGCCGCCCGGCAUGCGAGCGCAGAGCCUCAGACAGACCCUGGGAGUGUCGCUGCCCUACCCAACCAUCCCUUCCGACACCGCUGAUACGAAGCGUGGAGCACAGCCGGGAUCAUCAUCAUCGGCAUCAGCAGCGUCGGCAUCGCACCCACCCCCACCACCUCCCCCUCCCCAUCCCUCCUACUCUCAGUACAACGAUCUCACCAUGUUCAUCCUGGCACAGCAACAGCAGCAGCCUGACGAGCCGCCCAAGAAGCGGCAGCGGCCGGCCAUGGAAGGGGCUGGCGAGGGGGAGGGGGCGGAGGGCAAGGAGAGACCCGCGGGAAUCGAGAGGAAAGACGAAGGGUCUCCUUUCUCGAUGUUGCAGGUGGGUGGGAUGAGUCACGCGCUUACACGUACCUACGUACAUGUACAAACCUCCACACACUGCUGUUGUUGCUGCUGUGUAUAUGUGUGUGUGUGUAGCAAGCCAGCAUGGAGAUGUUAGCUAGCUUGGGCUAUGCCGGUGGGCCCUGGGCCUCACUCGUGGGCAUGGACAAAGGGGCUGCCGCCGCCGCCUAUCAGCAGCUCCUCCUCCUCGCUCAGGAAGACCCCGACGCAGCGGCACUGCAGCUCUCUCACGGUCGUGCCACAGGUGAGUCAGGUCAAGUCAGAACACCACAGCAUGCACAUUCAUGCCCUCUUGCUCUCUCCUUGCCUGUGUGUGCAGGCGCAGAUAUGUCCAUGCCCCCCAAGGAGCGUCCGGCCUCGACCGAGCGCCGCAAGUACUUCACGGGUGCGUUCAGUCCGAGCCAGGGUGUGUCGUGGGACCGCGACCGCAAGGUGUGGGUCGCCCAGUGGAAGGCCACUGACGGGUCGCGGCAGAAGCGGGCCUUUGACCCCCGCCAGUACGGCUUCGAUGGGGCCAAGCAAAAGGCCCUGGCAGCCCGCAUGCGGGCCGAGGCGGACGGGCAGGUAUCCGUCCCUCAGAAGGCGGAGUUCACCUGUGACAGGCGGGGAGUCCACUACGACAAGGGUAUGUACGUGGGUGGUUUGGAUGGAUGGAUGGGGGAAUGCUUGUCUGUCUGUCUGUGUGUGUGUGUGUUCAUGCCUCAUGCAGAUAAGGGGUGUUGGACGGCGACGUGGUUCGAGAAGGGCAAGCGUCGGUCGAAGCGAUUCUCGUGCCGCAAGCUGGGCCACGACGAGGCCAAGAAGCAGGCCAUGGAGCACCGGACAGCUAUGGAGCAGCAGCACUACACAUUCCACAACGAAUCUGACAACACCAGCACAGACACCAACGCACCCGCCCCCGCACCCGCCCCUGCCCUCAGUCUGCAAGCCUACCAGUACCAAGAGCAGCAGAUCCAGCGCCAGCAGGGGCCACAGCAGCAGUGA